AUUAUGUGUAUCAUUUGGAACUCUAGACUUACUAUAUGUCUAAGUGACAGUCAUGACAGACCAAUCAAAAUCAUGUCUGUGUAAGCGAUUGCUUUUCGCAAACGCAAGCUUUGCUUUGAUCUAGCUGAAUAAUUAACAAAUUAGGUGAUUUAUCUUGUGGUGUCGAAACUAGAAAAUCCGGAUAAGUAUACUAAUUGUGUAAAAAAAGACUCAGCUCUUUAUAUAUUAGCAAUAUGUCUUCUCAUCUCAGUACUAAGGACAGAUUGCUUUCCUUAAUCGACGAUAUUGAACUAAUUGCAAAAGAAAUUAUCGAAGUAUCCAUAGCACCCAAGUCCCAGAAACUUUCGGCAGCCGAUCACGCACAGCUAACAGACUUACUUCUAGCCAAAGAUGUUGAACUCAAAAAAACAUUGGAUUUAGCUGAUGAACAAGCUAAAAUUCAGCAGAAGAUGAAUGAACUUAAAGCUGAAGUAGAUAACAAGGAUCAAGAUAUUUACCAUUUGCAAAGACAGCUGAAAGAUGCAGAGCAGAUACUAGCUACCUCUUUAUAUCAAGCAAGACAAAAACUAGCAUCUAUAGUUAAGUCUAGAAAACGACCGGUGCCAUCUGAGGAACUGAUCAAAUUUGCCCACAGGAUAAGUGCUUCAAAUGCAGUUAGUGCACCUCUGUCCUGGCAGCCUGGAGACCCACGCCGGCCGUACCCCACAGACCUUGAGAUGAGGCUGGGAAUGCUUGGGCGCCUCUGCGACCUGCCACUCAAUGGACACACACCAUCAACACUGAAUGAUUUACAUCGAAUUACAACGGGAGGAGCGACUGCAAGCAACCAGUUCACGUGGCACCCGUCGGGCGAGCUGCACAUGUCGGUGGGCGGCGGCAACUCCGUGGCCAUCGAGGCGCGCGGCAAGGACGCGCCCGCGCAGGAGGACGUCGAGGUCAUGUCCACGGACUCCAGCUCCAGCUCCAGUAGUGACUCGCAAUGAAAACGACCGCGAUUGUGAACUAAUACACUAUUAGUCAUGAUUCAAUUUCUUUAAGACGAUCGGACAGUUUCAUUAUUCACCUAAGUUGAACAGAUUUGCAGUUUGAAAGACUGUUACUUAGUAUUUUUAUAUUGUUUAGUAAUAUUUACUGUAAUAGUGAUCUUGUUAGUGUAUGAUAUUUUAUAUUGUUUAGUUUCUAAGCUUUAGUACAGUAAAGUGUAUCAAUUGCAUAUCAGAAUCGCGAAGUCCAUAAUAUUAGGGAUCAUCCACAUAUUACGUCACACCAAAUUUCAGGUUUUUGGACCCCCCCCCCCCCCUAUGUCACGCUUU